AUGCAUCUCAGUGAGGAGUUACGAAGCGAGAUCCUUGAAAAGGCGCUGGCCAGUGUUGAGUACAUUUACAAGGCAAGGGGAGAUGUCGCGAAUGCGAUCACAGAGUCCUAUGUUGAUGGCCUUUGGUAUAGCCACAUCGUGUCUCUGGUAUAA